AUGCCAACAAAAAUUCCUCAAGACGAAGAACAACGACAAUUAAAACAACUUGAACUUGAAAUUCAAUAUCAUGAAAAUGUUGAAUAUAUUAAAGAAAAUACAACUAAUCAAUUAUCAACAAUACAAAAAUCUUUGAUAUUAACAUGUGAACAAACCAAAAUACCUAAAAAACGUGGUCCUAAAAAAAAACAAAUGACACCAUCACGUAUAGCACGUUUUAAAGUUCGACGUAUAAAAGCAAAUGGUCGUGAACGUGAACGUAUGAAAGAUCUUAAUGAACAAUUAGAAUGUCUUCGUCAAACUAUACCAUGUUUUUCAUUAUCACAAAAACUAUCAAAAAUUGAAACAUUACGUUUAGCAAAAAAUUAUAUUGAAGCAUUAACACAAAUGAUAUCAACUAAUCAAAUACCAGAUAAUGUACAUUUUGCUGAAUUACUUUGUCAAGGUUUAUCAUCAAAUACAAUGAAUCUUGUUGCUGCAACACUUUCAUUAAAUCCAAGAAUAUUACAACAAAAUACUAACAAUAAUAAUUCAUCAAAUAUGAUGAUGACAUUAGAUGAUACAUAUAUGUUAUCAUCAAUACAUCCACGAGUAAAAAAUCCAUUAGAAUUUAUUAAUUUAAAAAAAUUAACAAAAACAAAUAUAAUAAUAAGUGAAAGUGAAGAUGAUACAAAAACUAAACAUUCAAAUAGUUUUGAUUAUGGUUCAUCAUCUUAUUGUGGUGAUAGUAGUAUAGAAGAUAUUAGUUCAAUAAUAUUACCAGAACAUUCAACAAAUUUUUAUUCUCAUGAACAACAAUUUAUGUUUACUGAUAAUUCAUUUUACUAUUAUCCUACACAUUAUUAA